AUGAGCUGCCACGCAUCCGCCCCUUGCGACUGGGGCAGGACACAUGGUGAACUGUUCCCUCCCUCCAGUCCGCUGCCAUUUUCGACGUCGCCGGACGUCCUGCCGCUCUGUUUGAUCAAUCUGGAGUUGGAGGGAGCCGACGUGACCCUCAGCCACACAAUCGUUAGUUACACGCGGCCUUUCUUGGCGAUCGCCAAUAAGUAUAUGCGUCUCUCUACCCAGGGGAAGGACUCCUUUCGGUCCGUGUCUGUGCCUUGGCAAGAUUGGGGUCCAAGGUCUACCUUCUGGUUCUCAGAUCAUCCUGAUGUCUGGGGGAAAGCCACGACUCACGGAUAUCGCGUGAUGACUCCAACCACUCUUUACGAUUUCACUCCCCAGGGAAAUGGACAGACCGCUGGUGAUACAAUUUCCAGCCGCAUUGUGUACGGAACCGACGUGGACGAACGAGGGUGGCUCUAUGAAAGCAUCAAAACCUCCACACCAUUCCGCGUCUCGGAGCUGACAGGCAUGCAGUUCAGCACGUACGUGAUAGAUGAGGAAGUACUUGCCGUCAAGCUCAUUGUUGGCCAGUCGCAGCUGCAAUCACCAUUCGUUAUCGUCGGAAAUUUCAAUCGGUGUCAUCGUGAUUCUUUGAUUUUAGAGUUCUGGUUCACGUGA